UGGUCCAGACUACUUACACUACGUGGGCGGAUCGAUUUUCGUAGUCUUUCGAAAUGUCAACAAGACCGAGUGAAGACGAAAAAGGACAAAACCCGACAAACAUAGUUUCUUCCAUAUCGCAGUUCGCUGACGAUAACUUAACCAUUAUCCGGAACAUCAGCACUGGACUUGCACUUGCCGGAGUUGUAAUAAUAUCAAGGAGUAUUAAAUUGCUCACUAGGUUUGGUGCAGCCUCCGAAGUCCCAGCAUUGUUCAUAGAGAAAAAUGUGGUUCUCAGAGGGAGAGUCCAUGCGGUUGCAGAGAAUGGCUUGGAGGUGGAGCAUAUCCCAAUCUACGUCCCACUUCUCUCCCGGAUGCUGGAUAAACGUAAUGGUGGAGUUUCCCCCAUGGCUGUGCGCCUGGCGGGGGUGGAGCUGACCCCUGAAGGGAAGGCGUGGCUGGAGUUGCACCUGAGCCCUGCCCAGAUGGUGUGGCUGAAACUGGUCAGCAGAGAAGAUGAGACAUUACACUGUCUGGUGUCUGUCAGUAGGGGUCCAGUGAGGAGUCUCUGUGUGAACGAGGAGGUUUUGAGGUUGGGUUUGGCACGCACUGUCCCAGUUUUUGGGCUGCAGUACGACUCCCGUCUCUACCUGCAGCUCCAUCAAAGGUUGCUCAGGGCACAGGUAAAGGCAGAGCAAAAGGGACGGGGCAUGUGGAAAGAAGACAGCCUAUGGGAGAGGACCAAACUGGCCAUUCGGGAAAAUGCACUGGUCCGACUAAUCUGGGGGAUCUUCAAGCGGCUGUGAUUGGUUGAUUCAAGGGGACUUCAAAGUAUGUUUUUGAAUGGUUUUCAUCCAGUUCAUGUUCAACCGAGGGAGAACGUCUUACAUGGACUAGAACCGGCUUCUCCAAAAUGUGUUGUUUAGUGCAGCAAAUUCCUUCUGCUCUAAACUGUUAUAUUUACCUUGGUCUGACUAGAAGUUUAUCCGGACAUUUUGACCUGAACAUUAUUUGGCAGUUACAAUGACCCUGGCUUAAAGUAUUUGAAUGUGUCAUAACUCCAAUAGUUUUAUAUAGCAGUGGAAAUUGGGGUCCUCAAUCCAAAAUAUUUUCAUCACAAGGCAUUCUUAUGCAAACAAAAAACCAGAGAAUGUCACUUUUAAACAUUUAGCCCAGAAAUACCAGCUACAUUCAUCCACUUCAGUGUUUCCCAACCUUUUUCAGUUACUGUUUCACCAACAGUAUUUUGCUUUGCUCUGGAAACCCCUGAAGUACCCCCUCAUGUUAAUUUUAAUAGUAACCCUAUGUUGUCAUAAGUGUUCAAGUACCCUCUGUUGAUAGAUCAAGUAAGGGGUCCUCAUACCCCUGGUUGGGAACCACUGCGCUAGACCAUCAGUAAAAAAACUCAAAUAAAAAUAUCCAUAAUACCUACAGUAAAUAUGAAACAUUUAAUUCCAAAAUAAUUCAAAUUAUGAAUUGAUGUUUCUAUUUCGACCCUUGUCUUUUGAAAUAUUUCUUUAAAAGCUAGGUACAGUAGACAAAGACAGUUUACUGAAACCGUUUGCUGAUUGAAAAGCCCGAAACAAAGCUACAGUGUAACAGUGGGUAAUGACGAGCAUCACAACUGUGGACCGUACAUUAAGUGAAAGUGUACUUUUUGUGAUUGGACAAAUGUUUGUUCUUGAUCCCACCUCAAGCUGGUUAUUUUGUCACUGUGUUUCUGGGGCUACUGCUCCAGAGCAGGGCCACCUAGCCCUGUGCUGAGGUUGGUGCUUCCCUGCUUCAAAUGUGCAAGUGUGAACACUUGGGCUAAUAUCUCCCUCAGCCCAGGGCUAAGGAGCCUCUUUGGUGCCAUGUGGAUUUCAGUAGGAGAGAAAAUAGAGACAGCAGCUGAAUAUGUCCUGGCCUCAUGCAUUACAUCAAGAGAAUAUAGUCCUAUACAUGUUUGAUUUCUUGCCUGUGUACACUAUGUUUUUGUAUACCGUAUUAUUAUUGAUGCCUAAAUGUGUUUGCGUUGACAGUAGUGUUAGCCAUCCCUUCAUAGCCAUAAACUACACAGUAAAAACAUAACUGCCUAAAUAAUUAAAUUAAUUGGGUAGUGACUUACAGGUUUAGGGCUGGUUAAACAUCUUUACAUUACACACUACUUAUAUUAUUGAAAUAAAUUCCGGACUCUGCUGAGAUUCCUGGAAAACCUAGGGCUAACAAGAUGAUUGGGACCUGGUGUGAAUAGUUGAAGA